AUGUAUUAUUUCGACGAGCCUCUGCGGCCCUCCGUUCACGCGUACGCCGUGGUGAUCGCGACCUGCGCGAAGGCCAAGAGGCCGGAGGAGGCCCAGCAGCUACUCGAGGAGAUGCUGGAACUCGGCAUGGAGCCAGACACCCAGACCUACACCGCCCUCGUCAAAGCGUUCGCCAGGACUGGGAAGAUGGAAUUUGCCACGCAGGCAUUGAAGGAGAUGCGCCAGCGCAACAUUGAGCCGGGCAUCUCCACAUUCUUGCACGUGCUGCGGUCGUGCGAGGAGGAGGGGAAGUGGGUGGUGGCCUUCCAGGUAUUCGAGGAGCUGCUGCAGGCGGGCAUCCUGCCCGAUCGUAAAGUAUUCAACACCCUGAUGUUCACAUGCGGCAACGCCGGCGAAUUCGCGAGGGCAAUCCAAAUAUAUGGCCAGAUGCUCCAAGUCGAUGUCAAGCCUGACCUUUUCACCUACCUGGGCUUGAUCAACGCAUGCGCCAAGGUGAACCAGUACACCGAGGCGAUCAGGUUCGUGAAAGAGCUCGACGAGAGCGGUAUCCCGUUGACUGAGAACGCCACCUGUGUUGUAAUGGACGCCUACGUCAAAAAUAGCAUGCCGAACAAUGCCCUAGAUCGCUUUGACGACUACAUGGUCGACGCGGCGCUGCCGAUGAACAGGAGUAAGAAUAAAGGGCACAAGUACAAGAACCUGUACAAGGCAGCGCUCAUGGCGUGUGUCGGAGCCAAAAACGCCGACCGUGCUCUCCAGCUUAUUGCGGAGGCGGAAAUGCAUUCUUGGGACGUGGACAUCGGAAUGUACCGAAGCGUUUCGAAGACCCUCGAAAGGUGUGAGCGUUGGGACGAGCGGAUGAUUUUGCUACUCCGCAUGACGUUCGAGCUUGGUUUUAAGCCGAAAUAUGCCGAGCUGAAGGAUGCAUUUGUUUCGGCCAUGUUCUUCCUGGUGCAGCGGGGCAGGGCCAGAGAAGCCUUGGAUAUGUUCAACCAGAUUCUGCGGAUCAGGCGGCCCAAAGUUAGCUUGAGCAUCGAAUUUUGGAAAACCAACAUUACUGUACUGAUCGGCGCGCUGGAGGAGGAGGGCGCUCUGAAGGAGGCCGCCGACUUGCGCGAGGAGAUGGGGGUCCAGAUGGCCGCCAGAUACAACCAGGCCGUGUGCAGAUACGGCGUGGAGGGCCAGUGGGAGGCGGCCCUGGACGUGCUCCACAACGCGCAGGAGACCCAGGCUGCGGCGCCCUACGUACGCAACGCGACCAUCGCCGUCUGCGCCAGGGCCGGCCAGUGGGAGCAGGCGAUUGCGAUCUUCCAGGGCGUCGCCCAGGAGCAGAGAGACGUGUACACCUACACUUCGACGAUGCAGGGGCUUAUGGAGGCGGGGCGGCCCAUGGAGGAGGCCCUCCAGCUCUGGGAGGACAUGAUCGCUUCUGGCGUCGAGCCCACCGAGGUGUCGUACGGCUUCAUCGUAAUCGGGCUGAGCAACGCGGGCAUGUGGCACAAG